AUGGAGGCCCAGAAAACCAAGACAACAUCCAUGGACUCCAGCUUCCCCGUCCUGCUGCCUGAGGACCCUAUCAUCCAUCUCCCACCUGCGGAGUUCAAAGAGCAGAUUUUCGCAUCUGUUGCUAAUGACACUAAGGGUAAAAAGAAGUUGGGAAUUGAAGACUCUAGUUCAGCCUUCUCUGCGCAGACUGAGCCCGAAGCCACCGAGGAGAAGACUGCUUCCGCUACUAAGUCUAGCGGAAAUACAUUUGUCGAUGCUCUUGUCCAGGAAGCGCAAAACCCUGGGUCUCAAAAUCCUUCAAUUGAAGAGCUGGCUGCAAAAAAUUUAACUCUUACUGACAAUGCUGGCAUUACCCAUGCUUCUACGGAAUCACACCUGGUCGACCUCUUCCAUACUUUAGAUGGUAAGCCAGAUGAGGAAAAGCUGGCAACCCUAGAGCCUCUGUUGGAGGAAGCAUGGAAAGAAGAUGCCUUGGUUACUCUGAAGAUCAUUUGGAACUGCCGUAGCAUUCACUUGGGCAAAGGGGAACGAUCGAUGUUUUAUGUCGCCCUUGGCUGGUUGAAGGACAAUCACCCACAGACCCUGUUGGCCAACCUUCCUUGGGUUACCCGCGGCGUUAUCGAGAAGGUAUCUAAAAAGGGAAAUGAAGAAGAUGAGACUCCAAUAGUUAUUGAGAACCAGGCACUUGGAGUUGAUGACUACGAGGUUGUCCAUGGAGUUUCACACGGCUACUGGAAGGACCUUCUUAACCUUCUUGCGCUCUCUGCCAACGAUAAACUUGGAAUGAAAGACCCCGAGACUAUUUUGAGGAGUCGAACCAGAGAAUACCAAGAAUCACUGGAAAGGCUGGACAUAGAGCUGCCGCUAAGGGCGAAAAAGAUCAAAAUCUCGGCCAUGAGUGCCGAUGAGAAACGCGUUUACCUAGGAAUACCACGAGAAGACAGGAUCAAAGAAUCUCAGAAGAUUCUCUCAAUGCAGAAAGAUGUCGCUAAAAAGAGAAAACGGGUUCGGGAAACAAGUCACCACGAGAAGCUUUGGAAGAAAUUCGAGACUGAUACAUUCCACCGGGCUCUACACAAUACCAUCGCCCGCAUGUUUGCAGAUCAGCUUAGGAAGGAUAAAACAAUUCUAGAGGGAGGCUCAAAAGAGCAGUUGAAGGAGAUCAGCCUCUGCGCCAAAUGGGCUCCAUCCCUUGAGCGAUUCCACGACAAACAAACCUUGAUUGCAACGACAAUUGCAGAAAUAUUGUUCCCUGCUGAUAAUAUCAAGAAAGAGGGUGAUACUAGGGAAAUGUACCUGAAACGUGCGCGAGAACAAUACAGGGCUUCCAUCUUGUCACCUCUGCGCAAGACACUUCAAGUGGUUGAACGUUACAUAUCCGCAAACAAUUUCACGGACAUCAAGUAUGCUCAAGUUCCGUCCCUUGCUAUGGACCUAUAUAAGAAACUUUUUGCGAAGAAAGACCAUGACAAUUUCUUAAAAUUCCUGCUUGACGUUCAAUCUGGCAAGCAAACUAUAUCAGGGAGUGUCCUCAUGCCUGGGCCCCUAGUUCAUCAAUGUCUCCACGCCCGAAACGAUGAAAUUACGAGGUUGACCUUAAAUGCUCAAUGGGAAACACUCGUUCAACGCAUAAAGGAUAACGGCGCGUUAUCUGAUUCUAUAGCUGUUUGCGAUGUUAGCGGCUCCAUGAUGUGCGGAGCGGUGAACGGAGCUACUAUGUAUGAGAAUGCUAUAGGAUUGAGUCUUGUUCUGUCGACAGUCACGAAGGCACCAUUCGGGGGCAAAAUGAUCACCUUCUCGGAACGUCCCCAAAUUGUGACUAUAGGCGAGGAUGGAGACGAGAAGCUUACAUUCGUGGAACAGGUUAAAGAAGUACAGAGCAUGGCGGCAGGUUUUAAUACAGACUUCCUCGCCGUAUUCACAAAAGCCAUACUCCCACUCGCCAUCAAAAACAAAGUUAAACCUGAGGACAUGGUUAAACGGGUUUUCGUGUUCAGUGACAUGCAGUUUGAUGAAGCACGACAUCACUCUGACCCAUGGGCAACGCAUUAUCAAAUCAUUGAAAAGGAGUAUAAGGCGGCAGGCUACGACGUUCCAGAGUUGAUAUUCUGGAAUCUCUCACAGAGAAAGACUGGGUCUGCCCCAGUCACUCAGGACAUGCCUGGCACAGCUCUAGUAGGUGGGCAGAGCCAGGCAAUGUUAAAAGUGUUUUUGGAAGGAGGCUCAUUUGAUGACGAGGAUGAGGUUGAAAUGGAGGAUGAGGGGGAGGAUAACGACGAAUUCGGGGUAAUUGAAAAGAAAAAGAAGCCCAUCACUCCUCUUUCUCUCCUCAUGAAGGCCAUAAAGCACCAAGCGUAUGAUAUGCUUACAGUGGUUGAUUGA